AUGAGGCUUCUGCUCAGAGAAACUCUCCGGCGGCUCUGCGCCGAGAUCGGUUGGUCUUACGCGGUCUUCUGGCACACGAUUCGCUGCGGGAACUCGAGGUGAGCCCAGUCCAGUCCAGAGCUCCAUACACAUUCUCUCCCUCGUUCUCGAUUUCGUUCUGUAAUUUCCUGAAGUGGGUUCCUUCGUACUAGCCGGGGAUUCCUGGCGGAAUGUCUACCGGAGGGUUCCCCUCGCUCAAUCUCCUGUCAUCCCGUAGGCCUAAAGAAAAAAUAAAAAUCUUUCGAUAAGAAUGGAGAGGACGAUCCCAACUCUCAAGCAUCAUUCCCCUUGGUCUCUGAAACAACGACAGCUUCUAAUUCCACCGUUUCCUUCUAUAGAAAUCUUUCGUCGACUGCCUAUGGCGGGGAGCUGAGCUAUCUUGAGUUUCUUCCGCAGGCAUUUGGUCUGGUUGGAAGGCCAUUACGAGCCGGCGAGGGCUUCCACUGUUCCAGACAUCGUCAAGGAAUGGGAUGCGUUCCAGACCACCGGCGACGGCGCCGAUCCGCUGGCGGAGCUCGGGUGCCUGCCGGAGGACAAGAUUGGAGACCUGGUAGAGAAGACAAUGAGGUCCCAGGUCCACGUUCUGGGAGACGGGUGGGUAGUAUCGCCUCUGAAAAAAGCUCCCAAUUCAUCCGUUCUCCGGCCGCCAUCCUCCCGGUGGCUCCACCUCUGAAAUAACGGGUAUUCAUGGCGCUUAAUGUGGUUCAGGGUCGUCGGGCGCGCCGCCAUUACUGGAUGCCAUCAAUGGAUCAUUCGAGGUGGAGAAGGCUGCGAAUCUGAGGUAUAAACUUUUGUCUUUCUACACCGAUCCGCUGAAAACCAGGGAACUUGACGAACUUUUUUGAAGUCUUUUAGUCGAAUGAUCAUCAGAACACAUGGAAAUCAACCCAUCAGACGAUUUCACCCGAUGAAUUUCUCCCAUCUUUCAGGUUUUGGGGGAGAUGAACCAUCAAUUCUCGGCAGGAAUCAUGGUGAGGGGCUCUGUUCUUAUUCUCUUCCCAUUUCCCUUCCCCACAGGCUCUGUCCCGUGAAGCCUUCUGAGAACCUGUUCUUCCUGUGAAUAAACAGACGACCGCUGUGAUUCCCGUGCUCCCACACGGUGUGGUGCAACUCGGUUCGAUCCAGACGGUAACAUCUCUUCACAUGCUUCGUACCCCCUGGAAGGAAGUGAAGAGGAUCAUGGAUAUGCUUCUCUAAGCAUUCAGUCAUAUAAAAUCGUCAGAAUUUUUAUGCAGGUGAUUCGAACUAUCUUAUCGAACCCUAUUUUUGUCAUGCAGAUUAUGGAAAACCUGGCCUUCGUAGAGCAUGUAAGGCGGUAUUUUCUUCAAGUGGGGCGCCCGCCAAGGAACCUUCUGCCCGAUGGAGAUGAAAAGCCCCUGGAUCAUAAGAACAGAGAGUCCGCCCAUGCCUUGCCCAUCUCCCUCGAUCGAUUUGGAGCUGCUCGCAGCAACGUGCCCCGAGAUCCAGUCUUCAACAAUAGAUUGGCUUCCAUGGGUCCUUUCAGUAAGUUCUGUUAUAAGUCCGGCCAAUCAUUACAUGGGAAUAUGCAGCUGAAAGACAAGCCAGCCAUGGCCAUGGUUGGUGGCUCUGUUCGAGAUCGCGAUAACCCACCAGAAAGGCCUGCAAUUCUAUCCAACGAAGACAUGAAGUUUCAGCAGGUGGAGUUGGGUGAAUCGGGCUUUGGAAGGCAGCCUCAGCAGUCGCUCAUUGGCUCGAGCUUGCGGUCCAGCAGCUUAUCAUAUGCUGGUAAACAGCUCUUCCCCCACAUCAGCGAACAGAGGUUUCCCCACAGUUCAGCUGCUUCGGGUGGCACCCGGUCCGUCCAGGUGGAGGCAGUCUCCAGCUCUCUACAGGAUUCAACAUCAAUGCUCACCGUGGAAGAGGCAUCUGCCAACGGGCAUUUUCUUGGAAUGAUCGAUCUGCUUCCCUGUGGCGACAUGGGCACAGAUGCCGCCGGAACUCAGAGCACGAGCCCGUAUGAACUUGCAGCGGCUCAUAUGUUGACCAGUAGGAACAUCUCUGGCGGCCGUCUUCCUCCGGCAGAGAUCGUCUCUCAGGGCCCCAUGGACAGAAACAGCAAAAUUUUGCCCGCAGUGUCGAUGCUGAAUAUGGGUAGUAAUAGUUCCUCUCAAUCACUCGAAAGCCCCUGCAUCGAUCCGAAGAGCAGAUCUCUGAGCUCUGGGCUUCCCGCAUAUCACGUCCAGGAGUGUUGGGCCAGCGGUUCAGACCCAACUGCAGAAACCCGCGGAGCCAGGGAUCCUGUUCUUGCUGCUGGUAGCAGCAGUUGUGCAUCAAAUGUGGAGCAGAAAGAUAAAGACGGGCAGAGACUUGUGCAAGUGGGCAUCCCGUGUUCUAGUGCUGAUGAUCUGUUUGACGUUUUGGGGGUAGAUUUCAAAGCCAGGCACUGCUACGGGGGUUUGGAUGCUCCCUCCUCCAUAGCUCAGUUGGAUGUGGACUCAGUCCUUGACGCUCUCCAUGAUGGGAUUUCGAGUUGCAGCGGGAUUUUCUCUGAUACGGCGGGUCCUGAUCAGCUGCUGGACGCCGUGGUCUCUAAGAUCACUGCAGUGGCCAAGCAAGGCUCUGAAGAGGAAUUUUGCUGCAGGAGUACGGUAACAAGGGCAAACAAUUCGCUGAUUGAUGUGAGCUCGGGAGACUGUGGCCCGCCCUCUUUUCAACAGCGGAUGCCGGGAGACCGUUUCAAUCCUCCUCCCCCCGUUCUGAAAUCGGAAGUGCCAUCGAGCUGUCCUAAAUCCGUAGGCAGUGCAGAGAGAACUGGCGACUGCUCUCAGACGGCUGCUGCGUAUAAAUCCCACAUCAGUCUGUGGGUCGAUGACGGCCAGAAUACGAAGGUCGAUGGCAUUCCCUUGGCUCAGUGCACGAGGAUGGACGAAGCCGGGAAAUCUACCAGGAAAAGGCCCAGACCGGGAGAUAGCCCGAGGCCAAGGCCCAAGGACAGGCAGAUGAUCCAGGACCGCGUUAAAGAACUGCGUGAGAUCGUUCCGAAUGGGGCGAAGGUGAUGCUUCGCCUGUUGAUUUAUUUCCUCGUCUAAUCAAUUUUCUUUUUCGAUCAAAUAUUUUAUUUUUCUGCCAGGUACAUUUUAUUUUAUUUUUGUUUAAAAUCGUUUUCUGUCGAACAGUGUAGCAUCGAUGCUCUAUUGGAACGAACGAUCAAGCACAUGCUUUUCCUGCAAAGCGUGACCAAGCAUGCGGACAUGUUGAGGGAAACUGGGGAGCCCAAGGUAUCUCUACUGCGAAGGAAAUUUUGUUCCAGUCGAGGGAAGCAUGCGUUCUGAUUUAAUUAGAACGUUCGUGAGUUAAGACUAGAUAUUUUACUAUCUCUUCCCUUUUAUGGCAUGGAUCAGAGAUCCAUCUCUGGGAAAUGUUUCAGUGGGUCAUGAUGUGGGUAGACGAUUCCUCUGCUGCUGAUGAUUGGUGGCUCUGAUAUUGUAGAUCAUCAGUAAGGAAGGUGGCUUGCUUCUGAAGGACAACUUCGAGGGUGGGGCGACCUGGGCAUUUGAAGUCGGCGCUCGAUCACCAGUCUGCCCCAUCAUAGUCGAGGACUUGCAUCCGCCCCGCCGACUGCUGGUGGAAGUGAGGAUCGUUAUGGGAAGGAAGGAAGCUGUACUUCCUUCUAGGAUUCGUGAAAAAACUGUGUAUAAUCGUAAACUUUCUUUUCAUUUUUUUGUUUCUCGCAGAUGCUGUGCGAAGAGCGGGGGUUCUUCUUGGAGAUAGCCGACCUCAUCAGAGGGUUGGGAUUGACCAUCUUGAAAGGGGUGAUGGAAGCUCGUAAAGAUAAGGUUUGGGCAAGGUUUGCGGUGGAGGUACUGAUUUAACUCACCCAUCUGGCUUUCCGAAUCGGUCGAGUCCCCCCUGCCGUGUUCUUCAUGGAUCAUGCCGUAAUUGCAGGCGAACAGGGACGUGACAAGGAUGGACAUAUUCAUGUCCCUCGUGCGCCUGCUGGAGCCGACUGCGGGGAGUAGCUCUCCAACUCAGGGCCUAGACAACGCAAACGUACCAUGCAACGCGAUCUGCCCGUCCUCAAUCCCUGCAACUGGCAUGGCUGACCGCCUUCAAUGA